UGAAAAGGUGAAAUGGAAAUGAGUUGAAUACUUGAAUAUGUAGAUGUAUUGUAAUUACUAGGUUAUAUUAUAAUUAUUAUUCAAGGUGAUUAUUGGAAGAGUCUCAAUCUGUUCUCUUGUCAGACUUGUUUCUGGAAAGAUCAUCGCCUCCAUCUCCGUUACUUUGGUAUCAUAUUGGUGUGGUUAGUUCUGCUGUAUUCCUUGCUCCAAGACUUUGCACCUGAACCAACAGCAUGGCGGAUCAAUGCUCCAAUGAGGGCUCCACUAGUGCCAAUACUUCAGCACAGAGUUCGGACUCAACUGUUCAGCUUAAUAUCAAGACUCUAGAUUCCCGCAUCUUCAGUUUUCAAGUGGACAAUAAUAUGCCCGUUUCAUCGUUCAAAGAGAAAAUUGCUAAUGAAAUUGGUGUUCCAGUUAGUCAGCAACGCCUGAUUUUUAGAGGAAAAGUGUUAAAGGAUGAGCAUGUCCUUUCUGAGUAUCAUGUUGAGAAUGGGCAUACAUUGCAUUUAGUUGAAAGACAGCCAAAUCAGUCACAGGCGUCUGGUACGAGAUCUGCUGAGCCAACUGGCACAAAUGGUAACAGAGGGAAUGAUACAGGCUCAGGGGCUCCUCGUAAUCGUGUUGGGCAAAUAUCACACAGUGUUGUUCUUGGGACUUUUAAUGUGGGGGAACAAGGUGAAGGCAUUGUUCAAGACCUAACCCGGGUUAUUGGGACAGUUUUGAAUACUAUUGCAAAUGGUGGCCAGAGCACAGUUAAUGUUCCUAAUGCUACACAAACUUCUUCAGCUCCACCGGGGAAUGAAACUGAAGGAGUGCAUGCUGUAAGACAAAACCUAGCAGGAAAUCAGGCACCGUCUGGACAGACAUUUCCUGGUCUGGCAUUCCAAUCUAUGCCUCAAGUUGUUCAGAUUCCUAUGGCUGCAGGAGCCAUACCCCUUCCUUCUCUCAAUUCACCAAUUCCUGAUUCAUUGAACACACUGUCUGAGUUUAUAAAUAGCAUGCAACAGGCACUAUCACAAAAUGGUUAUCGGCCAAAUCUUUCUUCGACUAACCUUGCAGAUCAAAGAGUGGAAUUGCCUUCCAAUGCACAGGGAUUGCCAACACUUGAAGCAUUAAGCACUGUAUUGCAUCGUGCAGAACAGUUGCUUGGUAGUCAAGCUGUUGCUGCACUAUCUCAUAUUGCUGGACGCCUAGAGCAAGAGGGGACUUCUACCGAUCUGGGUAUGAGGGGUCAAAUACAGUCAGAGUCAAUGCAGAUAGGACUUGCUAUGCAGCAUUUGGGUGCACUUCUACUUGAACUUGGUCGAACAAUGUUGACACUGCGUAUGGGACAGUCUUAUGCAGAAUCAGUUGUGAAUGCUGGACCAGCAGUUUAUAUUUCUCCAUCAGGGCCAAAUCCUAUAAUGGUGCAGCCCUUUCCACUUCAGACAAGCUCCCUUUUUGGCGGUCCUGCUCCAUCUUCAACUCCUGCAUCUUUAGGUACCAUUGGUAUUGGAAGUGCUCCUAGGAAUGUAAACAUUCACAUACAUGCUGGUACCUCUCUGGCACCAAUUGUUUCAGCAAUCGGUUCUAGGCCAAAUAAUGGGGAAGGGACAAGAAGUGAACACCGUAAUGAGCCCGGCUCUGGUGAUUCAGGUUCAACACGGGUAUUACCUGUUCGAAAUGCUGUAUCAGCGACUCUCCCAUCACACACUCCUGGUGUUGGAAUUGCUGGUAGCACGCAAACUGGAUCUGGUGUUUCUACUUCACAGCCACCUCAUGAUUCAGCUCCUUUUUCAUCUGUUUUAGCUGAAAUCCAUUCUCGCCUUAGGAACUCUGUUGGUAAUAUGCAAGGAAAUAACACAGUUCCGUCAGGACAAAUGGAAUCAAGUAAUAGGGACUUGUCUUCUGGGCCUGAAUCAAGACCUCCGCUGGGAAAUGAACAGCAAGAUACCAUGGAGAAUGGCUGUGAGGCUGCCAGUGCAUCCUCAGUUGGUGGCACUUCUGAAACUGGAGUGGAGAAGUUUCUCAAUCACAACCAGCCCCAAACCGAGGCAACCCAAACCUAUAAUAAUGAAGAGAGAGAUGUUUUGGUUGACAAAUUCGUUUCAAGCAGCUCUUCCAAUCAAGAUUUACCAAGUUGUUCUAGUGGAGAAACAAUAGUAAAAUCAGAAAAAGUACAGGAUGCUCCAUCAGUAAUCGAAAGACGAGAUGGAACUGAACCUGCCAAAGCUGCUCCACUAGGAUUGGGUGUGGGUGGUUUGGAGCGUAAGAGGCGAACUAGACCUCUAUCUCCUUUAGGUAAAGGUGCUGAUGAUGGAUCAUCUGGUUCUUCCAUCAAUCAAAGUCAGCAGACCAGAACAGAUGGUCAACAUUUAUUGCAAACUCUAGCUAGUCAUGGAUCUGCUGUGAAUUUGAGAAAUGCUAAUAGAACAUCCCAGCAGCCCUUGCCCUCCAGUAGUAGCCAGGUUGAUGUGGCUGGUUUAAUGUCUCAGCUUUUGCAUAGCCCUGCUUUGAAUGGUUUGUUGGAAGGAGUUUCACAACAAACAGGAGUUGACUCACCUGAUGGAUUGAGGAAUACGUUGCAGCAGUUCACGCAGAGCCCACAGAUGAUGAAUACAGUCAAUCAGAUUGUCCAACAGGUUGGCAGUCAGGAUAUGGGGAGAAAUAUGUUUGCUGGAAUGGAGAGAGGGCAGGGUGGCGGUAUUGACUUGUCAAGUAUGUUCCAACAGAUGAUGCCUAUUGUAUCUCGAGCGCUUGGUGGGGGUAAUCCUCCCUCGUUAUUCUCUGCUACAGAGCCAGAACCUGGUGCACCCUACAGAGAUGAAAGUUCUGAUAAUCGAAGCAUACAGCUUGACCUUCAAUCAGUAGCUGAGAGGAUUGAUCGCCUGAAUCCACCUAGUGAUGUUUUCCGUGCUGUAGCUGAAAAUGCUGUCGAGCUUUCUGGCAGUGGAAGUGCUUCUAGUGAUCUUCUGGAUGAGUUAUGCAGCAAUGAGAGCCUAGCUAGGGAAUAUGUGGACAUGUUGCGAUAUGAUGUAAAUCAGCUGCUCGAGGGACAAUCUGAGUCGGACAAGUCCUAAUUUAAGUUUAUGUGCAUAUUCAUUUUCUGCUUUGUUGCUUCUGUUUAGAGCAACAGCUUUUAACCUUCCUGAAAGUCCUUCUAGAAAAUGAUUUGGCGUGUUGUGCCCUCAAACAAUUAUUUGGUCUGGAUCAUUUUGACGGACUUCCAGAUCUUGCGUGAAAAGUCAAUAUACACCACAUGCCUGGCAGUUAAUUCAAGUGUAACAUUUGUUUGAUGGCCUCAACAGCCAUACUUAUAUAUAGUCUUCUGGGCUCAUUUUGGACA